AUGGCCGAGGUGUUGCCUACGCAACCUCACCUUGGCAUGGACAUAGCCAAGGGCAGAGACACUUCGGGGCCAUUACCAAACCCUUGUUUCGUAUUUCCCAUGCAACCUGAGAUUACCAGUGAAGCCAGCUCUCACGCGAGAAUCCCCUCGAAUGCGGAUGCUACUGGGUCUCGACGUUCGCCAGGUCGUUCAAGACCUCAACGCAUAUCAAUCAACAAGCUGCCAGCAUUCGAUUUCAGUCCUGCUGUGUCAAGUCCAAACGAUCGUACUCCAAGUCCAGCACGGUCUCCGACGAGAAGAACCCCUCCUAUCCACCAUGGACAUCGGAGAAAUAACAGCGAGUACGUUGGUGGCGAUGUUACAAAUGGUGGACCGGUGCUGGUAAGCGCGAGUCCCACAAAAAGUGAACAGCCUAGUGAAAGCAAUACUUCGGGUGAUGGCGGUGCAACUGGUGGCCCUUCAGCUGUGGGUACGACCUCUACGGAAAAAGAGGGAUUAUCGCAUCCGCCGCCUGGGGCCCGACUCGGCCCUCCCACGAGCAGGCGUGGUCAUGCUCAUCGGCGCUCUGGUGCGAUAUCAAGUCACGAUCUCUCGAUGAUUCUGAAACCUGCGUCUGAGAUGAAAGGUGGCAGCGCACCAACAACACCUUCAGAUUCUAUGUUCCAGCGACCUCUUCCUCCGGAACUUGACAGAUCCAUUUCCCAGCCCGAACCUACGACCUCUACCCAGGAAUCACUAGUUUCAGCAUCACAAGAUGAGCAAUCACCCGAUGCUGGACUGCCACGUUCUUCUCGAGUGGGGUUCUCCGAUGUCUUAGAGUUUAUUCCACGGCCAUUGUCAACGAUCUCUUCUGAGACGUCAAGCAGCAUGUCAACUGUUCGCGCCAGCCAUUCGGUCUCCAACAGUAUCACGUCCGUGAUCAGUGGAGGCAACUCGUCAAGUCCCCAGUCCACCAUCGGUGCGAGGUCUGGCCGCAGACCCACACUAGAGCAAGAUCUGUCUAGAGUCAGACCAGAUACUGCUGGCAAUUCUCCCCCUCGUGCAUCCCAUGACUGGCAAUGGGACUUCUCGGGAUUGGACUCUUCGGUGAAGCGCCCCUCUUCAGCACCUGCUGGGGGCUCUCCUUCUAAAGGCGCAAACGAGUCUUCCGGUCCCUUAAUUGUGGAGACUCACCGCCAAGCCGCCAAUGAUCCGUUCGCGACAUCUCCAGUUUCAAUGUCUCCUGAAAUGUCCUAUAAGACCACUUCCUCUCCGACAUCAAGAGCCGCCAACUUUCAAGCUCAAAGGCGGCGUCCAUUUUCGCCAACCAUGAGACCAAGGACGUCCCCCGAACCCAAAGUAACUAAGAGACAGCGGAAAGGAAGAUCAUGGGCUGGUCUCCUCUCUCGCAAGGCAAAGCACCAUGAUCCCAGAGCAGACUUCGUCAAUUGUCGCUCACCCACGCCUCCCCUACGACAACAUACACCAGAAGCCGAGUUCUCGCUCGAUGACGUGUCUUUCGACGAAGAUACCACUUGCAUAAUUGAAACCGCAUCUUCCGAAGCCUCUAAGCUGCCAAGAAUACAGACCAAUUACGCUGCUUGGAAACCCCGAGAGACGAGUCCACUUUCAGAGACAGAUUCCUCAGCCUCCAUGCUUGAUAUCGACGCCGCUCUCGAAUCUUUUGAUUCUCCGAGCACAGGACCUGCCUUCGAAGAUGUCAUCUCCGGAGGUGUUUCAGGUUCAAAGCGUCGGAUGCACAGCAGUGGGGUCACUGGAGGAUUCGCAGGCCCAGGAAUGCACUACCAUCGUCGAGCUGAGAGUGCCCCUGAAAUGGAGACCAUCGAUCGCUCCAAAUUUGGGUUUCCACGUCUUGGUAGCAAUCCCACCAUGGCCAUAGAGGAAGAAGAGGAAGAAGAUGACGAAGAGGAGUCAACUUCGAAGCCGACGAACGUAUCCGCAAAAUCAGAUCAAGAGGAGCUGCAAGACGAUCAGGCUCCGGGCCUCGGUGUCAACAUUGUGGAAGCGGAAAGCAAUACUGAUCGACCAAUGCAGCGAGGCACGCGGCGACCCUCCAAGACAUUUGCUGAGAAUGAUAAUUCAGCUACUAGGUCAAUCAAUAAGCUAGACAUCCCUGAGGAGUUUAGUCUGGUUGAGAUUGUCGGCGCGGACGAAGAGCCUCGGUUUUCUGUUAUCACCAAGUCGUCAGACGAGUCCACAAUUACUCCAACAUUGUCUCACGAUCCAUUAGACACACACCCUGUUACUGCACCUCUCGAUUUCGCCAUGCCGACGCCCGCUUUGACCUAUGACGGAACACCAGAAACUCCAUCUGCUGUGUCUUCCCCUGACUUCUCCAGGACCUCCUUUGACAUGCCUCGCAUGCAUACCGCCUCUUCCUCCAUCACCGAUAGAGCAACGCUUAAUUCAUCUCGGGCCGGAGAUCAUGUUCUGACCUUGCACAGCUCCCUCGACGACGUGCCCUCGCUUACAAGUAGCGCCUCCACAAUGGCAAGUGGUCACCCGCCUCGAAUUUCGAGCAGCGCAAAUACCUGCUCGUCGGCUGAUCGCUCGGGCUCGUUCUCGGCUCCGGUUCCUGCACGUACGCGACCCGUAUCGGCAGGCAAGCGCAAUAGUCUUGCCAGUCUUACUCGAUUGGUCGGUGGAGGCUCGUACAAUAGAAGCAAAUUGAACAUCGAGGAAUGUGUUCAGCCUGAUAGUCCAGAGAAAACGGAAAAGAAGAAAGGGAACCGGAUCAGUCGGUUGAUGAAGUUCUGGAAGUCAAAGGAGAAGGCAUCGUCUUCAUAA